AUGCAGACAGCGGGGUGGAUGAGGGCGGCGGGCCACUCUUCUUCUGCUGCACCAAGGAGCUCAUGCAGCGGGGUGGACGAGGGCACUGGGCCUCUCUUCUUCUGCUGCACCAAGGAGCUGGAGCCACUCACAGGGUGCACCGUGGGCCGCCUCAUCGUGCGACGAGAGGCACACGAGCCGGAUUGGCCUCGGGUCCUGGAGGCCCAGUUUGUCGGCAACAGCUCACUCACAGCAACAUUAGAUGCAGAGGUGCAUGUGCCGCGGGCGGGCUUUGUGUACGUGUGGCUGGCCAUGUGCGACAAGAACCUGGACAACACCAAGGUGUUUGGGCACACGGAGUGGCGCGCGCAUGGAUGGGGAUACCUGCCGGGCAUGCUGUCAGCUCACAUUCCGAUACAAACAGGCAUGCUGGUGCUCUACACCCUCCUCUAUAUCUACUGGCGCCCCCAGUUCGGCCCAGCCUGGCACUCCCUGGAUCGAAACUCCCUCCCUCACUUCCUCACCUUCCUCCUCCUCCUCUCCCUCCUCGCCACCCUCACCACCCUCGCCGACCUCCUCCUCCUCUGCACCACGGGGCACCGAUUCGUUAUAGUCACGCUCGCUGCAGUCACAGUGGGGAUUCUGCAGGGGCUGCUGAUGAGGGGAGUGCUGGUGGGGGUGGCGGUGGGGGUUGGCACGCUGCUGCCGAAAAUAGGGGUGAUUCCUGGCAAGGCGCUCAUACCAGCAGCCCUGUACGUGCUAGUGGCUGCUACAUGCGAGGGAGUGAGGACCGUGGGGCAGGUGGACGAUUGGGGCAGUGGUGAGCACGUGGCUCUGCGCUCCCCCCUUGUGCUCCUGGACCUCUCUCUGGCUGCCUGGGUUAUUCCAACCGCUCUCACCACCAAGACGCAGUGCAUGCAGGCUUCAGACAGUCGACUUCUGAGCACCUUCCGCCAGGCACUGGCAGCAAUGGGGGUGUUAGGCGCUGCUGCUAUCACGCUCACCUGCUGUGAGUCCUAUGUGAAGCUAUCAGACCCUCUCAACCUGCAGUGGCAGAGCGACUGGCUCAUCACAGCAGCAUGGCACCUCCUCUCCUUCCUCACCCUCGCCUCCCUCUGCUUCCUCUGGAGCCCUGCCCGCCUCUCCCUCCGGCAUGAUGGAUCCAGUCAAGGCGACGAAGAGGAGGCAACGUCUCUCAUGUCAUAG